AUGUCUUCUGAUUCUUCGAUCAACUCUUCUUCUAAACAAAUUUUUCCGGAGGAUCGUCAUGAACCUUCAGAACCGAACUCUUCUUCAACGAGCUCUUCUCAAGCGGCGAGUAAUCCACCGACUUUGAUUCGUAAGAAUUCUAGGUCGGUAGGUGCCAGUAGCAGCCGACCUCAACGGAGAGUAGAUUCUCCAGAACAGUUAACAGUUGAAAUCCGCGAGACCGAAGCUCGGGUCGGGCCAGAUGUUGACGACGAUGAUCAUGAAAUUGAAGAGGUCGCGGAGUCCGAGAGGGGGACUCCUGACGAGAACAUCGCCGAAGUGGAUGCAGCCGAGGACAACCCUGAGGCGGUGAAUCAUGCCUCACCACCAAUGCCGAAACGAAAAGUUGUCCGACCUCAUGAUGUACCUGCUUCCUCUCUUUCUCCAAUGACAAUUCGGACCGUACUCGAGGCCCACAGACUCACGGAGGGAGUUAUAUUCAUUACUCCGGACGCUGGAGAUCGCCCAUGGGACGUUCUCGAAGGUUUCCUCUGCAUCUAUUUGACUUACUUCACGCAGUGCGGGCUCACCUUCCCAAUCCCUUCUCGUCUUAUUGGUUAUUACAACCGACGAGGCGUAGCUCUUACUCAAAUGAUGCCGGCGUCAGUAGUGAACUACACAGGUUUUCAAACUUUGUGCGCCGAGCUCAACGAGGAUCCAACCAGCCGACUCUUCGAAGAUCUUUUCUCGGUUAAUCUUUACGCAACAAAGGAUUGGUUCUUUGCGGCGAACGCCAAAUCGAAGAAGGACAUCGUUACCGGGAUCAAACCCAGUAAAUAUAAUGACUGGGAAUCCCAAUAUUUCUUUCUCGAGAUUAACGAUCUCACAGUCAGCAAUGCUGACAUCCCAACUCAAUCGGAGUGGAAGAUCCUGAUCGGUCGUCACCUUCCAAGUAUCUUACUCAACUCUGGACUCACCCCUGAAUUCCGAGCAGCUUUCAGCAAAGCUGGAAAACGUCUUUGGCUUGAAGCUUGGGAAGAGAUACUUCAAUGCCGAGCUAAGAAAUCUGCCUCCGUUAGGGAACCGAAGCCUUUGAAGCCAAAGAGCCGAGCUAAAAAGCCUCGACCUGCUCCAAAACGGAAAGUGGUAAAAUGCCAGAAAAAGCGUUUGACAAUGCUCUCAUUGGAGGAAAUCCCAACUCUUUUUGAUGAUGACGAGCCGAAUGAUGCGGCGCUGGAUCCCAUUCCCACUGCUGAAGGGGACGUACAAAGAAACGAGGAAGUGCCUCCAGCUGCGAACUCAUCUGAUUAA